CAACUUCCUGAAAGAUUGACAGCUUGAACCGCUCUCGUUUAAUAGUGGAACCGAUAGCUCCCGUUGUGUGAGCGAAGCAAUCAUAACUCACGUCGUUUACAGAUUUUCUUUGGAUUUAACUGUGUACUUUUAACGAAGUUUGAAAGAACAGCGCUCAGUUUGGAGUUUAAAAGGAUCUACGGGGUAUGAAAGUGGAGCGGACGCUUCAAACAAAGUAAAAGAGGAGGUAGACCUGUCCGUUUGAUGGCUGCUGGGGAUGGAGCCCAGCUGCCGGCCACAGUAGCGGCCAGCCGGAGCGUGGAGAAGGCGCUUGAGGAGGCUGCCGCGAGCGGGGCUCUCAACUUGUCCAACCGAAAACUGAAAGAGUUUCCCCGUAGCGCCAAGAACUACGACUUAUCCGACAUUACACAUGCAGAUCUGUCUAAGAACCGUCUCUGUGAGCUGCCGGAGGAGCUCUGUCAGUUCAUCUCUCUGGAGACACUGAGCCUUUACCACAAUGGGAUGCGUUCACUGUCCUCCAGCCUGGGCAACCUCCAGGCCCUCACCUACCUCAGCCUCAGUCGUAAUCUUCUGUCCAGUUUACCCCCGUCAGUGUUUCAGCUUCCACUCCUGCGAGUGCUCAUCGUCAGCAACAACAAGCUGUCUUCACUGCCCGCCUCCAUAUCCUCCCUCACACACCUCCGACAGCUGGAUGUAAGCUGUAACGAGCUGCAGUGUUUGCCUGCAGAGCUCGGUCAGCUAGAAUGUCUGAGGGACUUAAAUCUGAGGAGGAACCAGCUUACCACUUUGCCUGAAGAAAUAUCCGAGCUCCCUCUUGUUCGGCUCGAUGUGUCCUGCAACCGCAUUUCCCAUGUGCCCUUGUGCUUCCGCCACCUCCGGCAUCUCCAGAGCAUCUCGCUGGACAACAACCCGCUCCAGAUGCCGCCUGCGCAGAUCUGCUCCAAGGGCAAAUACCACAUCUUCAAGUACCUCAACAUGGAGGCCUGCAAGAGGAGCCAGGAGGAGCUGGAGAGACACCUGAGACCCACUGGAUUUAACAGCUGUCUGUCAGAGGAGCUGUUCACAGGUCAGUUUGGAGGACUGGACUCUGGCUUCAACAGUGUAGACAGCGGCAGCAAGAGAUGGUCUGGGAAUGAGUCAGCUGAUGACUUCUCAGAGCGUUCCCUCCGCAUGGCUGAGGUCAGCAGAGACCAGAGGAACCUGGAGGAGGAGGAAGAGGAGGAUGUAUCUCCUCUGGAAACUAACAAAGUGAAUGGAGUGGCUGAGCAGGUGGACUUCAUUGACAGUAGUGUGACAGAGGAAGAGGAGGAGGAGAUCAGGAUGGAUCCACCCACGCCUCCUCUCACAGCACCUCCUCUGGAUCAGAAGGAGAGAGCUUCACCAUCUCAAACCCAAGACUCAACAAUAUGCAGGUCCAGUCUCCAUGUGGAGGUGGGCCCCCCAUCAUCGACCUCCUCAUCUCCCCUGUCCCCUUCCAGCCCCUCCCUGGAGGAACGAAAGAGGCCGGGCACCUUGUUCAUCUGGCAGGAGAGAGAGCGGCUUCAGCAGCAGCAGAGGGAGAAGGCCAGUUUGCUGAAGUCAUCGACCAAAACAGGAAGUCAUGUGGCCACAGCCCCACAGACAGGAAGUAACUCAGCUGGUGCAUCACCAGAGAACAGCGGCUCCCACUCCGGCCUGCGGCACAGAUGCGCAAGCGCUGACCAGAUGAGCACAGGGUCUCCUUCAGUACUUCUACAACGCUCCAGCAGUAGAACAGAUGUCCCUUCCUCCCCGAAGAUGUCCCCUCCACCUGGUCAGGCCCAGAAACCCAACAGCUUCCUGUUCCGCACCUCCUCCCGCAGCAACGUCAAACCCACAGGACCAAUCUUUACUCUGGGUGAAUCUGGGAGAAGUGAGUCUCGCAUGACGCUGCGCUCUCCUAAAGAGGAGAGACCAGACAUCACACAACUACGCAAGACUCUGGAGUCUCGGCUGAAGAUCACUCUACCAGAGGAUCUGGGUGAGGCUUUAUCCAACGGCACCAUACUCUGCCAGCUGGUCAAUCAGAUCCGACCACGCUCUGUGUCAAUCAUCCACAUUCCCUCCCCAGCAGUGCCAAAACUGAGCUCAGCAAAGUGUCGACUCAACGUGGAAAACUUCAUUGGUGCUUGUCGCAAGCUGGGAGUCCCAGAGAUGGACAUGUGUGUGUGCUCUGAUGUGCUUCUGUGUAAGCUGCCCGCUGUGCUGCGCUGUGUGGCGGCCCUGCUGGCCAAGGAGGGGGGUGGAAUGGCGGAGGACCAUUCCCCUUGCCACUCCUCACCUUCGUCUCCAUCGUCCUCCUCCUCCUCCUCCUCCUCGCUGCUGUCCACAGAUUUCCUGCUCUUCUACUGUGCGGCCAUGGCGCUGCUCUACGUCCUCUACUGCUACCUGCUCACCUAGAGGACACACACACAACGCAAAGUACUUAUGUAGUCACAUGUUGAACUGCUCUACACACAUACUGAACACGCACACACAUAAAAAAGUGUGGGUCAGUCACAGUUGUAGAGUUGGAGGCCAACGCACAGCUGCUCCACAGUUGUCACCUCAGACAAUACUCUGCACUGUGUGUGUGUGUGUGUGUGUGUUCACUAUUCAUACUCUGUGACUGUAGAGCAGAUGUCAUGAGACCUGACUGUGUGUUGACACUCUACAGCUGCACUGAGUGGAUGUUGGAGACAUAUAGAGCAAUGCAGCCAAGCACCUUUUAAGAAACAAACAGAAUAUACUACACACGGCUCUUCAUUUUGACAUUUAGAGGAAUAGAAAGCACUAAACUGAUGGACAAAUACUGAAUGAGAGCAGAUGAACAGUGAAAUGCCUUAGCCUAGUUUAGCCUUCACUCUGUAACACAGAGAAUGUUCGUUUUCUCUUAAACUCUUCUGAAGCAGAGGGGCUCAGAGGCAAAAACAAUCUCACUGGUUGAAACGUGAACGGGUAGAGCAAAGGAACCACACCUUUAGUCGAAUCCCAACUACAUACUUCACCUCAAGCUUGUCAUAUACUUGCUUUUCACCAACACGCACUUGUAGAUGAGCAGCAACUAGCAGACCGAUCAAGAGCUGAAUCAUUCCUAGUCAAUACUACAAUAUCUUCCUGAAGAACUCUGGAUUUUGCACAGUUAAGGAAGUUGCUAUUUUGUUAAUAUUAAGAACAGGACACUCAAAGCAGCAACAAGCACUAACUCUUCAAAACGUUUGUCUUUUCUUUCUUUGUUGUGGUUUGUGUCUGAGUCUGCUUCCUGCCUUACUUCACAUAAUGAAACACACAACCAACGGCCAAAACAAAUGCAGGAUACAUGGUGUGGCCAUCAGGCAUGUGUGAGUGCAUAAUUACCAUUUAAACUGGCAUUAAGUCACAGAGCAACAUUAGCAUUCAUUUGGGCUCAUGCUUGUGUCCCUCUGAUGAUUCUAAGUUCACUCUGUUUAAGCUCUGUGGCUCUUUGGCUGUUAUAUGUUCACCAGCUAAAUGUGUCUAGGUAGUGUACAGUGAGAUUAUCAGCCCAAUGCUUUUUAAAACAAGGUUGAUGAGAGCCGUAAGACUGAACCAAAACAGUUUAUGGGCCUUAAAUCCAGAACAGUGAGCUAAAGGAUGCUUUAAAGAAGCUGUGUCUCUACACAGGGGAACUGCAGAGUUUGAUGAUAAUUGUCUGGUUAAGUGGCACUUUUCAUAAUCCAUAUAGUCAUUUGAUCUGUUGUUGAUAUAAAAGAUAUUGGUUAAUGUAGCUUUAAGACUUAAUCCUGUGUAGUGUGUAUGUAUCACAAUAUUUCGUACAUUUACACUGGAAAAAUGACAGACAAUUGGAGCUCUAAUAUCAGUACACAGACAAAAAAAGAGAUGUGUUGUGUUGUAAAUACAGCGUGUUGUAGAGACUGCAGUUUGUUACAACUUGAAGCUCUGGUCAUCAUUCUGUCAGUUGGGAUAACAUUGUAUUCACCAAAGUGAUUGCUGAGAUCUGAGCAGUCAGACCAGUGUAUGGUACAGAGCUGGGAAAGUGAUUACAGAAUGCUGUAGACUGUAUCCUGGUAAACUGUGCAUAGAUUUUUUCCUACCACUAACUUCUCUGCACAACCUAACAUCACUCAACAUGAAACACUGCUGCUCUUUAGCUCUGCUCGUCAAGUCAUAACUUAACCCCUGAGAUUAUUUCUGCAUCCUGAGCAGCUCUCUUUGACAAAUGUUACAAGUUAAACUCCAGUCUGCAUGUUAGAGGGCAGACCACUUGUCCCGAGAGAGAAGCUGUUGAAGUGAACUGAGACUGAAUUGUGAAUGUGAUUUCUAGCUUUGAGACAGAGGUAAGUUAGUUAAUAUGGAACUUGGAUGUUUAGUGAGGUUGUUUCUCACACAGCAGGGUGACAGUGAGACAAAUGAUACAGUGCCUCUUACUGAACACUGACCACAACCACUUGCAGAGACUGCUCUUGUUUUUGUGUCUGCUAUGUUAAGUGUGAGCAGCAGGGGGCAAUGUCACUGCAUCAAUCCCCCUUAAGGCUUCACAUGUCCAAACUGACGGUACAAACCCCUCUCGGAGGUUGCGUGUGUUAUGUGUUUUUUGUCGUUGUCGCUGGUCCGUUUGACCAGAUGACUUCAUGUUUGUAUAAAUGUACACAGGUUAUUAAAUUAUUGCUUUUUUAAUUUA